AUGGCGGAUAUCAAUGUUGACAUCCUCGUCAUCGGCGCCGGCCCGACUGGCCUGGGUGCGGCCAAGCGGCUCAACCAUAUCAACGGGCCUUCCUGGCUGAUCUUGGAUGCCAAUGAGAAGGCUGGUGGGCUUGCUUCUACCGAUGUCACUCCUGAGGGCUUCCUCUACGAUGUCGGCGGCCAUGUCAUCUUCUCUCACUACAAGUACUUCGAUGACUGCCUCGACGAGGCGCUGCCCAAGGAGGACGACUGGUACAACCACCAGCGCAUCUCGUAUGUCCGGUACAAGGGCUUGUGGGUUCCUUACCCAUUCCAGAACAACAUCUCGAUGCUUCCGAAGGAGGACCAGGUGAAGUGUAUCGACGGGCUCAUUGACGCUGCCAUGGCUGCCCGUGUCGCGACGACCAAGCCUCAGAACUUCGAUGAGUGGAUCUUGCGGACAUGCGGCCAAGGUGUGGCCGAUAUCUUCAUGCGCCCGUACAACUACAAGGUGUGGGCAGUGCCGACUACGAAGAUGCAAUGCCAAUGGCUCGGCGAGCGUGUUGCGGCCCCUGAUGUCAAGGCGGUUACCAGGAAUGUCAUCCUCAACAAGGUGGCUGGCAACUGGGGCCCUAACGCCACCUUCCGAUUCCCUGCGAGGGAUGGAACUGGCGGUAUCUGGAUCGCUGUGUCGAACACUCUUCCGGAGGAGAAGAAACGGUACGGCAAGAAGGGCGAGGUCACCAAGGUCGACGCCGAGAAGAAGAUUGUCACGCUGAAAGAUGGUACCACCAUCGGCUACGGCAAGCUUAUCAACACGAUGGCUGUGGACCACCUUGUCGAGAAGAUGGGCAACCAGGAGUUGGUCAAGCUGUCCAAGGGCCUCUACUACUCGUCGACUCACGUAAUUGGUGUCGGUAUCCGUGGUGCUCGGCCCGAGCGCAUCGGAGACAAGUGCUGGCUUUACUUCCCCGAGGACAAUUGCCCCUUCUAUCGCGCCACCAUCUUCUCCAACUACUCGCCGUACAACCAACCGCAGGCUGACGUCAAGCUGCCUACUCUGUACCAUGCGGACGGUAGCAAAGCCAAGAGCAGUGAAGCUAAAGAGGGCCCUUACUGGUCGAUCAUGCUCGAGGUCUCGCAGUCGAGCAUGAAGCCGGUUGACGAGGCGAACCUGCUCAAGGAAUGCAUCCAGGGGCUUAUCAACACCGAUAUGAUCAAGCCAGAGGACGAAAUCGUCUCGACCUACCACCGCAAGUUCGACCACGGCUACCCCACGCCGUCGCUCGAGAGAGAGGGCGUCCUCAAGGAGCUCCUUCCCAAGCUUCAAGACAUGGACAUCUGGUCCCGUGGCCGCUUCGGCAGCUGGAGGUACGAGGUCGGCAACCAGGACCACUCGUUCAUGCUUGGUGUCGAGGCGGUCGACAACAUUGUCAAUGGGGCCGUCGAGCUGACGCUCAACUACCCCGACUUUGUCAACACGCGCCAGAACACCGAGCGUCGGCUGGCCCAGAGUUUCUACAAUGCCGGAACUUCUUCUGGCAACGGCAUCCCCACCCGGCCCGCGCCGAAGGCUUAA